AUGUCCAAGGCGUUUGAUCGAGUAAGUCACAUGCAACUGUUGAAACGACUUCGUGAUUUUGGAUUCGGUGGCAAUAUUCUUAACUGGUUUAGAUCUUACCUCAAGGACCGUCGGCAGCAGACUACAGUACUUGGUGCAACAUCAUCAGCACUACCAGUAACCUCUGGAGUUCCCCAAGGCUCAAUCCUUGGACCACUGCUGUUCCUAUUAUAUCAGAAUAAUCUCCCCAACUCCAUCAACCACUCGAAGAUCGCGACGUUUGCUGACGACACAAAGAUUUACAAGGUGAUAAACGCGAAGGCUGAUGCAUCCGCUAUGGAGAAUGAUCUUGCGAACUUCCAAACUUCCUGUGCCAAUGCUAAUCUUCUCCUCAACACAGAUAAAUGUAAGACACUUCGAAUUACUAGAAAACGCAACAAAAUCGACCAUACAUACAAAUUGCACGAUUCCGCUCUGAAAACCACAGAUUGCGAACGUGACCUUGGCGUCUGGAGCUCCUCCACCCUCACAUGGUCCAAACAAGUCCUCCACCAGUGCACCCAAGCCAACAAAUCCCUCGGGUAUAUUCGACGGUCCACGAUCAAAUUCAAGACCAUCUCUGUUCGUCGGACUCUAUAUCUUACCCUCGUUCGUUCCCACCUCGCAUACGCGUCCCAAGUCUGGGCUCCACAAACUGUUGAUCUCAUUAAGCGUACAGAACGCGUUCAAAGACGUGCGUCAAAAUACAUAUUGAACCUACCCUUCUUCUGUGACAUCAGCUAUAACCACCGUCUCGCAACAUUGAAUCUACUACCUUUGUGUUACUGGCAUGAGUACCUAGACAUAUUGUUCCUUUUCAAAUCACAUCAUGACAUUAUUAACCUAAGCAGCGACAUACUACCAUACCCUCAAAAUUCAAGUCAACGUACCCGUUCUACAAAUCCUGACUGCCUACAAUUUCAGACUUCAGCAUGUAAAACAUCUACCUAUCAAAAAUCCUAUCUAAUAAGGACUACUAGAGUCUGGAACACACUGCCAAGGGAUUUAGUUACUAUUAAUGGCAUGGCAACCUUAAAGGAGUUUAAAAGUAAGUUGUAUAUCUAUUAUAAAACAGCAUUAGAUAAAUGUUAUGACGUUGACGAUCCACGAACAUGGAAAACGGUUUGCUUAAAAUGCAAUCAAGCUCGCGACCUUACAAGGCCGAUAACGUGUUGUUUUUAUAUUUUAGUAGUUUUCAGAAGUAGCUUUUCGCAUUGGUAUCUAUGGGCCUAUCCAGGGUUUUGCUGAAGGUUUAGGAUUGUGAGGGUUAAACGUCUUCCGAUUCAGUCAGCUUCCGAAACUAGAAGUGGUCAUGCGGGUCGCAAUGUGUAAAGUUGAAUCUGAUAUAGUUCGUUAAUAAUUGAUUUUUCUAUGUACGUAUAUAGUGUAUUUGUCUAACAUUUAGGGAUCGCAGUAAUUGGCGCAAGCUGUUGCGAUUGCCCUGCCAGUUUUUGUGUUAACGUUAAUUGUUUGAAUCUGGCAAAGUUAAUAAAUUAAAUUAAAUAUAAGUUGCUCUCUACAAUUAAAACAUCUAAAUCAGCAGGGCAUGAUAGAAUACCCAGUAAACUUCUAAGAGACGCUGCUGAGGUAAUAGCACCAUCCCUGUCAGCAAUCUUUAACGCAUCUAUAAACACUGGUAUAUUUCCUGAAGACUUCAAGAUUGCUAUCAUUUCUCCAAUUCAUAAGACUGGAAGCAAAACUAAUUGCGAUAAUUAUAGACCAAUCUCGGUUCUAUCCUCAGUUGCUAAAAUAUAUGAGAAAUUAGUUACAGAGCAACUAGAAAUUUAUCUUGAAACUAAUCACAUUCUUGCAGAACAACAAGCAGAAUUUAGGAAAAAUCACUCUACACAAACUUCUCUACUUAACAUCACGAACCAAUGGCUAAUGAAUAUGGAUAAAGGUUUGUUAAAUGGAGUGAUUUUUUUGGAUCUCAAGAAAGCGUUUGACUGUGUUGAUCAUAAUAUAUUGUUAAAAAAAUGCAUUGUUAUGGAAUAA